AUGCAGAAAGAACAUGCCUACCAAGCAAGUGUGAGGAGUCUGGUGACUUGGAGCAACUUUGCCUGGGUGUAUUACCACAUGGGCAGACUGGCAGAAGCCCAGGCUUACCUGGACAAGGUGGAGAACAUUUGCAAGAAGCCUUCAAAUCCUUUCCGCUAUAGAAUGGAGUGUCCGGAAAUAGACUGUGAAGAAGGAUGGGCCUUGCUGAAGUGUGGAGGAAAGAAUUAUGAACGGGCCAAGGCCUGCUUUGAAAAGGCGCUUGAAGUGGACCCUGAAAACCCUGAAUUCAGCGCUGGGUAUGCGAUCUCUGCCUAUCGCCUGGACGGCUUUAAAUUAGCCACAAAGGGUUACAGGCAGUUUUCUUUGCUUCCCCUAAGGCAAGCUGUCAGGCUAAAUCCAGACAAUGGAUAUAUUAAGGUUCUCCUUGCCCUGAAGCUUCAGGAUAAUGGACAGGAAGCUGAAGGAGAAAAGUACCUUGAAGAAGCUCUGGCCAACAUGUCCUCACAGACCUACGUCUUUCGAUAUGCAGCCAAGUUUUACCGAAGAAAAGGCUCUGUGGAUAAAGCUCUUGAGUUAUUAAAAAAGGCCUUGCAGGAAACACCCACUUCUGUCUUACUGCAUCACCAGAUAGGGCUUUGCUAUAAGGCACAAAUGAUUCAAAUCAAGGAGGCUACAAAAGGGCAGCCUAGAGGGCAGAAUAGAGAAAAGAUAGACAAAAUGAUAAGAUCAGCCAUAUUUCAUUUUGAAUCUGCAGUGGAAAAAAAGCCCACAUUUGAGGUGGCUCAUCUAGACCUGGCAAGAAUGUAUAUAGAAGCAGGCAAUCACAGAAAAGCUGAAGAAACUUUUCAAAAACUGUUAUGCAUGAAACCAGUGGUAGAAGAAACAAUGCAAGACAUACAUUUGCAGUAUGCUCGGUUUCAGGAAUUUCAAAAGAAAUCAGAAAUCAAUGCAAUUAUCCAUUAUUUAAAAGCCAUAAAAAUAGAACAGGCAUCAUUCAUAAGGGAUAAAAGUAUCAAUUCUUUGAAGAAAUUGGUUUUAAGGAAACUUCAGAGAAAUUCAUUAGAUCUGGAAAGCUUGAGCCUCCUUGGGUUUGUCUACAAAUUGAAAGGAAAUAUGAAUGAAGCCCUGGAGUACUAUGAGCAGGCCCUGAGACUGGCUGCUGACUUCGAGAACUCUGUGAGACAAGGUCCUUAGGCACCCAGAUAUCAGCCACUUUCACAUUUCAUUUCGUUUUAUGCUAACAUGUACUAAUCAUCUUUUCUGCUUAUUGUUUUCAGAAACAUUAUAAUUCACUGUAAUGAUGUCAUUCUUGAAUAAUUACAUCUGAUAAAAUAUUA